CCGCCUGGGCGGCGCUCACUCCCCAGCGGGGGCCCGGGGAGCCUCCAGGCGGAGAGGCUCCCGCCCGCCCGGAGCCGCGGCCUCCGUAUGGAGGGGCCGCUGGCUCCUCUAGCGGGGUCGGGGCUACUCCCGCUGCCGCUGCAGGGAGGGGGAGCCGCCGCUGUUCCGGAGCCCGGAGCCCGGCAACACCCCGGACAUGAGACGGCGGCGCAGCGGUACAGCGCCCGUCUGCUGCAGGCCGGCUACGAGCCCGAGAGCAGCAUGGCGGACUACCUGAUCAGCGGCGGCACCGGCUACGUGCCCGAGGAUGGACUCACCGCGCAGCAGCUCUUCGCCAACGCCGACGGCCUCACCUACAACGACUUCCUGAUUCUCCCAGGAUUCAUAGACUUCAUAGCUGAUGAGGUGGACCUGACUUCAGCCCUGACUCGGAAGAUCACCCUGAAGACACCGCUGAUCUCCUCCCCAAUGGACACUGUGACCGAAGCUGACAUGGCCAUUGCGAUGGCUCUGAUGGGCGGUAUUGGUUUCAUUCACCACAACUGCACCCCGGAGUUCCAGGCCAAUGAGGUGCGGAAGGUCAAGAAAUUUGAACAGGGAUUCAUCACAGACCCCGUAGUGCUAAGCCCCUCACACACUGUGGGCGACGUGUUGGAGGCCAAGAUCCGGCAUGGCUUUUCGGGCAUCCCUAUCACUGAGACAGGCACCAUGGGCAGCAAGCUGGUGGGCAUCGUAACCUCCCGAGACAUUGACUUUCUUGCCGAGAAGGACCACACCACCCUCCUUAGUGAGGUGAUGACUACGCGGAAUGAGCUGGUGGUGGCUCCGGCGGGUGUGACAUUGAAAGAGGCAAAUGAGAUCCUGCAACGCAGCAAGAAAGGGAAGCUGCCCAUUGUCAAUGAUCGUGAUGAGCUCGUGGCCAUCAUUGCCCGCACUGACCUGAAGAAGAACAGGGAUUACCCUCUGGCCUCCAAGGAUUCCCAGAAGCAGCUGCUGUGCGGGGCGGCCGUGGGCACCCGUGAGGAUGACAAGUACCGCUUGGACCUGCUCACCCAGGCAGGCGCCGACGUCAUUGUGCUGGACUCCUCCCAAGGGAACUCUGUGUAUCAGAUCGCCAUGGUGCACUACAUCAAGCAGAAGUACCCCCAGCUCCAGGUGAUUGGGGGGAAUGUGGUGACAGCAGCUCAGGCCAAGAACUUGAUCGAUGCUGGUGUGGACGGGCUGCGUGUGGGGAUGGGCUGUGGCUCCAUCUGCAUCACCCAAGAAGUGAUGGCCUGCGGUCGGCCCCAGGGCACUGCUGUGUACAAGGUGGCCGAGUAUGCCCGGCGCUUUGGGGUGCCGGUCAUCGCUGAUGGUGGCAUCCAGACCGUGGGUCAUGUGGUCAAAGCCCUGGCCCUUGGAGCCUCCACAGUGAUGAUGGGCUCCCUGCUCGCCGCCACCACGGAGGCCCCUGGCGAGUACUUCUUCUCGGAUGGGGUGAGGCUCAAGAAAUACCGGGGCAUGGGCUCAUUGGAUGCCAUGGAGAAGAGCAGCAGCAGCCAGAAACGAUACUUCAGUGAGGGGGACAAGGUGAAGAUCGCACAGGGGGUCUCAGGCUCCAUCCAGGACAAAGGCUCCAUUCAGAAGUUCGUGCCCUACCUCAUAGCAGGUAUCCAGCACGGCUGCCAGGAUAUCGGUGCCCGUAGCCUGUCAGUCCUGCGGUCCAUGAUGUAUUCAGGGGAGCUCAAGUUUGAGAAGCGGACCAUGUCGGCUCAGAUCGAGGGUGGCGUCCAUGGCCUGCACUCUUACGAGAAGCGGCUGUACUGAGGACGGUGUUGGAAGCCGGGGCAGUGGAGGGGGUGCACCCCAGGAUGCCCCUUUGAGCACAGCCUCCCUCCAUAACUGAGUGGUCCAUAGAUUUGCACUACGGAUUCCCCAGCUCCUUUCCAGGGAGAGAGGAGGGGAGCCCCUGAGGGUCUGCGGCCCCUCCUGGCCCUCCCCUGCAGAGUCAGGACUGUUCCUGGGGCUCGGAUGCCCUGGGGGCCCCCCGGACCCCCCCCCCCCCCCACCUCCUCCAGUCCCCCUGAGCCUAGCCAGCCUGGGCUCUCAGGCCCUGUGCCUGCCUCAGGUCUUUCUCGCUGCAGCCUGCUCCGGCCUGGCUCCCACCCCUGGGGCAGGUGGCCCCUCCUGGCUUCUGUAGGGCACCUCCCUCCCCACUCCCCACCCCAGAAAUGGUGCUCUCCUGGCCCUGCCUCUGGCCCCUUCCUGGGCUGCUGCCCGCUCAGCCAUGUGGCACUUCUGGGCUCCUGACCUAGGCCAGAGGGAGGUCUCUGCCCCCUUCCCCUGGCCCUAGGCUCCCCAGGCCCUGCUCCUCAGGCCACUCCCCCUGUUCCUGGCCCUGGGGAGGAGGCUGCCCGUCAUUCCUGGCUCCCCGCCAUCCCCAGGUGUACCGUUCCUGCCCUCUCCUCUCAGCUGCAGUUGGAGGCUUUAACUUUGCACACUUUGGGGUCACAGUUGCGUCAUUGUAUAUUAAAUAACCUGAAUAAAUCAAGAGGUCUCAAUA